UAUGCGUGUUCGCGGAUUAUGUGAUGUCUGUUUUAACACCCCUCUUUGAUGCCUAUUCCGCUUCUUUCGCUCGAGCACGUUUUUUCUUGAUCAGCGCGGUUCUACUGUUGUCAACCCAAACUAGAAUGCAUGCAUCUACUCUACCUGUGGGGAUAGUAGCUCCAUCGUUACGUAUAGAUAGGUUUCAACAGUUAAUGUUAGCGUGCUGUAAUAGUAAGGAUAACCCUGCUGACACUCUUUCUAGGCAUUUACGUCGCUAUGAACCUGAAACUAUCGUUGUUUUUAUCGUCUUGGUUUUCAACACCCACCGCAGUUUGUUUGAAAAGGUACUUCGCGGGUUUCUCGUGGCUCUGGGUUUCCUUGCAAGGGGCGUCAUUUGCUGCCAAAUGUCCAUAAUCGUUGAUUACAGACAGGAAGACUUGAUGCGAGUCGCAAAUCUAUCCGCGAUACAAGCCAAGCUCGAAGAGCAAAUCGGUGUCAUUGUUGGUUCUUUUCAGUGCCUGAAGAGACCCGUAUAUGAAUGGCUGAAGAGGCACGGGCUGCUUGGAGAUGAACAGAACAUGGCGCGAGGCUUUGUUGGGGACUCGAGUUUCCAAGUUGACGAAGAUGAUGUCGGUGAUACGAGUAAAUUGCGAGCCCAGAAGGUGAAAGGAUAUCGGUGAUGAACAAAUGCUGUGGCUGGUGGAAUGGCUAUGGUACUGGGCUUGAAGAGUUUGACUUCGAUGCUACUUCAUGAUCACAGAAGAUGCAUCCCAUUGUAUGGUAUGAAUCUUAGCAUGUCACCUUAUGACAGAUUUCAUG